CAGGAAACCGGUGAGUCUGAGCAGGUCAGUGAAGGCAGCACACACCUGUCACUUAUUAGGAGUCUGUCAUUCCCAGCCAAGCCUUGAUUUUAAGAAACACAACAUGCUGUCUUUGGCUGGAAUUACGAAGAAAAUGAGCUCCCUAGAGUUUCUGUUCAUCUUACUCACACUGGCUCCGCAUACCAUAUCGUUUGGGUGUUGCAACAAUAUUUCCUUCUCAGUGUGCUGGAUGAGCAAGGGUGAUGUUCUAGAAAGGCAAAAUACAAACAUAUGGUUCAAUAAUACAUCCCUGAAAUCCAUUGGGAAGGGAGGUAAAGUUACCUCUCUGACGGUGUCCCCAGUAGUAGAAAACAAGCUUACCCUUCAGUAUGAAGGCUCCGUUCAGACAUGGACUUUUAGAAUUACCCCAAGUACAAAGUUCACUCAAAUCAGAGGCCGGCAGAAACCCCAAGAACAACCAACGAGUGCCACGAAGCGUUUCCUGGACUUGAUGAGUCCCACUGAGGUGUUUGCAUGUGAAAGUGGCACAUUAUUUUUUCACCAGGAUGAAAACUUCUUCCUUGCAAUUGGCUACACAAUGAGCUUCCCUGUCAAGCUCACAUCCAGGACUUCCUCCAUGCUGCUGGUCUCCUGGGUGGAGAGCCCUCCAGCUGUCAGCAACAGCCAUGCUACGACCCUGUACCACACUGAACUGGGUUCCUAUAAAACUCUCAGUGUGGACACAACCACAAACAACCACUACAGCUUCGCAGCUCUGGACUCCUGCAGCCCCUAUGUGGCCUGCGUGGAGAUUGCAGGCACUCAUUCCUUCACCUGCCUCUCUACUAUUACUGAACCAGACGCUCCCAAGGACUUUGAGGUGACGUCAUGGAACAGCAGUAGCAUAUCUUUGGCCUGGGACUGCCCUGAGAACAGCAAGUUCUCGCUCUUCCUCCUCACCGCCUUCUACCUCAAUGGAACAGACCACGUCACAGAGGAGGUGCCCUUAUGGCACAAGAGCAACAACUUUGCGUUCACCUUGUCUGACCUGCAGCCUUGCAGCAAGGUUAAGUUUGGCCUGCAGACCGUUUGCCAGGCAGGGAUAGAGACCCACUACAGCACGAUGGUCCUGAAUGAUGGAAACUCCUUUCACUCCAGCAUCGAGGCCUUGUGUCAGACAUCAUUUGGCUCCGAUAACUACACCCUGAGCUGGGAUGUGAGGAACACCUCGUCCAUCUCCAUGUUCAGAGUCUACCACGAGGGGACACUGCAGGGUACCACGCUCAUCACCAACUUCACUGUGGGGGGCCUGGUGUCAUGCCAACAGUACCAAGCCAAGGUGGAGGCGCUGUGUGGAGAUGGUGUGCUCAUGAGUGUGAAGACAUUCACAGCACAUACAGGACCUCGUGGUGUGUCUGGGCUCAGAUAUCGCUCUAACGACUCCACCGCCCUGUGGCAGUCCAGGACCUCCUACCACCCAGCGGUGGCCUUUUUGUAUGAACUUUCUCUGCAGAACGGCACCCAACUACAGAGCAGCCGUGUGACAGACUCAGAGCUGCAUCUCCCAGGGCUGGAGGAAGGGAAGACCUAUGUCCUCGAUGUGUGGGAGGAAUGUGACGGUCAGUGGGAGUCGGAACAUUCUCAUGUGCACUUUGAGGGAUCUAAUUCAUCCAUGGAGUUCCUCUUGAGGGCAGUUGGACCUGCUCUGAACCAAGCUUCUGUAGAUCUGGAGUUCGACAUUUCCAGCAUGGGUCUCACAAUGGUCGUGCCCUGGUCUGUGCCCGAGGAUCUCCAGGAUAAUGCACUAGAACCAAGAGCUGCAAUGGAGAAGAUUUUCAAAGAUAAGCUGCAGUAUUUGUUGAAAGACUUUGAUCAGCCAGCCCGCAUUGAGUUGGCCACCUUUGAACCUGCAGACGAGCCAGACAAAACAGAGAUUCUGUUUGUGUCUUUUGAUGCAUCUGAAACUGAAGAUGUGCUGCUGCCGGUUGAAGAUCAGAUGGAUUACAUUCGCUCCCUGAAUGAAACUGACAUCACUGUUAAGGAUGGGGUCAUUUACUGGGAUGGGCCAGAUCUGUGCGCCUUGUCCGAGCAGACUGUGUGUCCUCGUUAUUCCCUUUGCAUCAACACUCUGGGCUCCUACACCUGUGUGUGCCAACAUGGCUACUACGACGUGAGCUCCUUCAUCGAGCCUCCUGUGGUUUCACAUCCAUUCUGCAACGAAAAGGGCCUUUUCAGCCAGUGUCUGGAUACGCUGGUGACUGGUGGAAUAGCAAAACCCUACCUGACCUCUUACAUGGGAGGGAAAUUUGAUGUGAUGCUGAACGAUGGGCGGUGCACCUCGAAUGAGACGGAGAAGUUCUACUACUUCCGUGCCUCACGAAAAGUCUCUGAGUGUGGGACUGAGAGGCGGGUGAACAAAACCCACAUCGAGUUCCGAAACUCUCUGACCGUGACCUUGAGCAAAGAGCAAACCAUCAGCCGACGGGAUCUAAAAGUCGUGUGGAAGUGUGUCUACCCACGACAUUAUUUUCGCAACACUCUUGUCAGUUUGGAUAUGGAGUGGCUCUCCAUCCUCUCUUUGGAAGAGUUCAACUCAUCACUGCAGCUUGGGCUGACCAUGACCCUGUACACCGAUGUGUCAUACACCUACAGCUACAGGGAUGCCAUAACCCUGGAGCCUGAGGACAUCUUAUUCUUGGAAGUGGCCCUGCAGACCAACAACUCUUUUGUGUCAGGUGUGCUCCUGCAGGUGGAGUCAUGCUGGGCCACUGAGAGCCCUGACCCACAGGACGCAGUCCAGGGUGUUCUGCUUCAGGAUGGCUGUCCUGUUGACAACACGUUCCACUGGCUCUCUGUUAACGGCGCAGCGCAGAACAGCAGAUUUUCCUUUCAGAUGUUCACCAUGCCCAAAGGGCUGCCCAUCUACAUGCACUGCCUGGCCAACAUAUGUGCACACGAUGAAAACUGUGUAAAGAACUGCACCAGCCCGCAGCGCAGCAAGAGGUCAGUGAACCAGAUGGACAGAAAGGGGAAACGAGCUGCCGUCGUGUCUGCUGGACCUCUGGUGGUCAACAAGAGGGUGAAGUCAGAAUUUUCUUACUGGGUAGAGCCCAUGACCAUGAUCUCCAUUGUUGCUGGAUCAAUAGGUUUUUUGGGAGUAACUGUACUCUUAGUGAGUGCAACCAAAGCAAUCAUGACUUACUAUGAACGCCUACAUCGAAAAUAAAAUGUUUAGAAAACCA